CAACUCACUGAGUCACCGAGUCAACUCAAAAUACGCGACGACCCGAGUUUUUCUUUUGUUUUUUCAUAACUAGUAAACGAAUCUUCGCGUCUCUGAAUCUGAACAUAUUUUAUUUUAUUUUAUGUUAUCCCUCUCUCUCUAUAAAUAUUUAAACAAAAUUAGCUGUUUUUUUCUCUGUUUAUAUAAGAUAUGAUAAAUUAUUACUGAAGAAAUUAUUAGUGAAAGCAAAAAAAUGGAGCUGAGCUUGGAUUUAAGCUUGGUUUAUGUACCCAAAACAAUUAGUGAGUAUUUAAAAGAGGUGUCAAAGGUUAAAGAUUGCAGCUUGAAAUUAUCGAAGAUUGAAGAAUAUUUGAGUCAAUUAGAACAAGAAAUGAAAAAGAUUGAAGCUUUUCAACGUGAAUUGCCUCUUUGUAUGCUUCUUUUGAAUGAUGCUAUUGUUAAGUUGAGAGAAGAGACAAUGCAGUAUCAGAAAAUGGAAGAGAUUGUGUCUGAAAAAGAAAAUUCUUGUAGAAAUGGAGAUAGAGAAAUGGAAAAUGAUUUGAUUGAUAAAAAGAAUUGGAUGAGCUCUGUUCAGCUUUGGAUUGAUGGUGAUUCUAAGAACCAGGAUUCAAAAUCAGAAACUAAACAGAGGAGUGAAGAAGAUGAUGAUAGGUCAACUUGUGAGAACCCAGUUCAGCUGUGUAAUUACAGAAGUAAAGAAGAGGAAUUUGUGGCGUUUAAGGCAAAAUCUGGGAUUGAAAAUACUAAAAAGAUAGAGGAAAAAGAAGUUGUUUCACAAGUUACUGGACUGUCUCUUAUUACUCCAGUUUCUAAAUUGAGUUCUUGCAAUUUGAUGCCGAAAAUCAGCGGCUCUAAUCAAAUUAAGACGCAGAACAAACCCCAGCAGCAACAGAAGCAGCAGCAGCAGCAGUCUGUUAACAAGAAACGGAGGCGUUGCUGGUCACCGGAGCUUCACCGGCGCUUUGUUGAUGCCUUACAACAACUUGGUGGAUCUCAAGUGGCCACUCCUAAACAAAUAAAAGAACUCAUGCAAGUUGAUGGGCUCACUAAUGAUGAAGUUAAGAGUCACUUGCAAAAAUAUAGGCUUCAUAUCCGUAAACAUCCAGCUUCUUCUGGCGCUCAAGCAAGUUUCUUAUGGAUGACUCGAAAUGAAAACGGAGACCAUCCAUCAAAACAAAGUGUUAUGAAUUCAAAUUCUCCUGAAGGAUCGUUCCAUCAAUGUGGGACCGCCAAAGGUAUGUCUAAUACCGGAGACGAAAACAUGGAAGCAGAAGAUGAUAAUUCAUCUGCAAGCAAUAGUUGGAAAUGAGUGGUAAUUAAACUGAUUUCUAAUAUACCUGUGAAUUUUGCAGAACAAAAAUAUACAUGAGAAAUCAGAUUUUGUAAACAUGAAAUUAUAAUGUUGACACAUAUAGGACUCGAGUUCUUUUCAUUAAACUAAGAGACAAAGCGUACAUUAGAGAGAUCGGAGAUGAAUAGAUUUUGCGGAUUCAGUUUUGUCUCAACCUAGAGUUCUAUCUCUUUCUUACGGAACUGUGUUGUUCAUCACUUCAUUUUUAAACAAUUACAUUACAAAUUUGUGAUCUAUAUGGAUGGUGAAAUGAUAGAUGCUUAUUGUUAUUUGUUAA